AUGAAGAUUGGAUUUAUCGGCUGUGGCAACAUGUGCGAGAGCAUACUCAAGGGUCUCAUCAACAGCAAACAGUACCCGCCAGAGUCCAUAUACGUGUACAACCGUACUCCCGAGAGCGUCGCACGCCUCUACCAAAAGUACGGUGUGCACGGUGGUACCGAUGGCGUCGAUGUUGCAACGAAGUCCGACAUUGUCAUCAUUGGCGUGAAGCCAUACGCCGUCUGCCAGGUGCUUGAAUCAGUGCGUGACGCUAUCACUGCAGACAAAGUUGUUGUCUCCGUCGCGGCAGCUAUCACGAUCGCCUCGAUGGAAAAGGCGCUGGUGAAGCCCUGCAAGAUUGUCCGCGUGAUGCCGAACGUUUCUGUUGGCGUCGGCGCGGGUAUCACGUCUGUCACGCCGAACGCCUCGGUGGCGCCUGAGGAGACAGCGCGUGUGUUGAAGAUGUUCAGCACCGUUGGCAAGGUGGCGGAGGUGGCGGAGUCGCAGAUACACGCCGUCAUCGGUGUCGCCGGAUCGUCACCGGCGUACGUGUUCAUGUUCAUGGAGGCGAUGGCCGACGCGGCGGUGCACGGUGGCAUGCCACGCGCGCAGGCGUAUGAGUUCGCUGCGCAGGCGGUGCUGGGCGCGGCGAAGAUGCUGCAGGAGACCGGCGCGUCGCCGGGGCAGCUGAAGGACAUGGUGUGCUCGCCUAGUGGCACAACGAUUGAGGCGGUGCGCUCGCUCGAGAAGGGUGGCCUGCGCUCCGCUGUGAUUGAGGCUAUGAUCGCGUGCAUGGACAAGUCGAGGUCCCUUGAGGCAAAGCUCAACUAG